CUUCACUUCUGGAAGAAAUGCUGAGGUGAUCCCCUGGCUACUUGCUGCUUUGUCAAAAUGCUUUAGCCUUAAGCCAGAACAAUGGGGAGGCUGAUUUACCUGGACAAUCUCCGGAGCAUUCUCUCAGUUCUGGUGGUGGGACAUCAUAGUUUUCUGGCAGCUUCGGGCUUGGGCCGUUGGUAUUGUUCAUCUGCUGAGCGCCAUGACGAACAGAUCGCCAUGGCGUUUGUAGCCACGAUCCUUUUCACCUCGCAGGCGUUUCUUACAGGACUACUUUUUGGUGUCGCUGGACUUCUUAUGCCCAGAUCUUUGGCAAAGAAAGGGCCUUCAGGGCACAUGGUCUCUCGGCUUUGGCGCCUUGGGCUCCCUGUGUUGCUCGUAGGUCUUCCAACUCACCACUUGUCUCAAUGGCUCGGGCACAAGCUGUCAAAGGCAAAUGUGAAAUUGUCAGAGUCUGAGAGCGCCUCUUUCCAGCUGAGUUCAGGGCCCGGCGUGGCUUGGUUUGAGCUUUGGCUCCUGACCUUUGAGAGCAUUUUCGUGGUCCUGAGAGGCAGCCAACCCAUCAAGAUUGUACCUCAAAACUUCAGUUUCUUGAAGGUAUUCUGCAUCCUAUUGGCGAUUGCCAUUGUACAAUAUUCUGUGGAGAUGCACCUUGCAAAGCCUUUGGCUGAAUUUCUCCCAGGAUGGAAAGGACUUGCCCACCACAUUAUUCACACGCCGCUCUAUGGUUUUUGCUUCCUAUGCGGCUCCUUGUCGGACAGCACAGCUUUGCUGACUAUGCUUAGGGUUCACACGAAGCCACUAAGCAUUACAUCUGGCUUGGCCAUCGGCCUUUGCUUCCUUUUUGCCCUGGGGAGGCAGCAAUCCCAGCCAGAGAGAGCUGUCAACCCGUCAGCGGUCGCCAUUGGUUCUAUCAUGACAGUUCUGAUAUGCGCGGGUGCGUGCAAUGGAGUUCUGCAGCGCUUCAACACCCACCAUUCAGCCGUGUCAAUCCUGAGUGAUGUCUCAUGCCUGAGCUAUGCAGUCAAUAUGUUGCACCCAGUGGUUGUAGUCCUGCUUACCCCACUGGUGGUUGAACUACCCCUGGGAUUGCUUGUUCAAUGCAUUUUGCUAUGGUUGGCUUCAAGUCUGGCCAGCUUUGCAGUGGCUGCUUUGCUGCGGAGUUCUCCGUACGUGCGGAGGCUCUUAUAAAGAUGCUUGAAAGCUGGAGAGAUUGAGACAGAUUCCGAUCGACAUAAGGCGCCACAGAGCCCUUUAAGCAACUGGUCCUUUCUGAUCCUUUCUGACGUGCUGACGCGCUGAGUCCUUUGCCAGGCCUUGUGAGAAGGAGGGUGUCAUCGUUGGCGACAAUUCACAGAUUCAAACACGACUACGAAAAGGAAGAAGGCACUUGGCUGAUACUUCAUGCCCAGAUCUGCGAGUACAGAACGGACGACUUACUCUGCCUUCACUGAGACAGAGAAUGCGAUGCCUUGCGUCUGAUUUCCUUUCAGGGUCCCAAGUUUCACAUCCCCGCACCUUGCUACCCGUACCGGGGUGUGUGAGAAGCAUUGGCACCACUCGGUGGAUAGAACAUGAUAGAACAUGAUAGAACUGCGCCCUUGAGCAAUGGCAGCAAACUCUGACCAUCUGUGAC